GAUAACUCAAUUUUUUUUUUGACGUUAAAUUUACAUUCCCCAUUUAGGGAAGCGAAAAUAUUUUUCGGUAGCGCUUUUAUAAAUUAUCUAACAAGUGUUUGUAGUAUCUUCAAUGUCUGAUUAGAUUAUGUACGAGUGCAGUCGUUGUGGUAAUCGAAGAAGCAGCUUGAAUCCUCACGCUAGCGACAAGUUCCGAUUCGAAAAGGAGGAUUACAUAGAGGGCGCCUCCAGUUGGUGCGACCUUUGCAGGGAACUGACCUUCUUUAUAAAGUGCCAAAUUGGCACGGACCCAGUACAGAUACUAUUUAAAAGCAGUUUGGAAAAUAUAUCUUCUGAAACGCCUUCAGGUAUCGCCAAUUCAAGAUCCGAUAUCCAGAAUUCACAGGCCGCCACUCUGGCUGAUCGUGUCAAUAAUUGGGCCGUCGAGGCCGUAGAUCCUCCAAAGGAAGUUGGAUCUUUUUGUGUACUGCCCAAUAGGCAUGGCUAUUUGAUUCGCAAUCAGCAAAGCGAGGAUACUGAUGAGAAAACGCCGGAAACUUCACAUAACGUGACUCCAGCAUCGAGCUUGCAGCCAAUGCAAAGCAAUGCCGGCAAUUCACGCGACUCAAGUCCUGCUGAAGUGUCCAAGAAAGCAUCAUCGGUCGAGGGAAGUACAAAAACUUCAAAGAUUAAGGGCAUUGAACUCUUGCGAGCCACUCCUCCGGAUCAUUUGAAAUCGGUGCUACCCCUUGAACAGGAUAUUCGUCUUUCACAGGAUAACCCUUUUGCCAAAACUGGCGGGGAUAGCGAUGAACAGAAACUAAAAUCUAAAACAUCUGCCGAAGAGAUUAAAAGUUCUGAUUCUACUUCCAAACCUUAUGGUCCAAGUCUGACCGUCAAGGACGUAAAGAAGUUACAGCGUCGCUACUGUUCAGAUAGAUCUUCCCAACCAGGAACUUCCCAGCAAGCCAAGGCACAGGCUGCAUCCGGCAGUCACUACAAAUUCCGGGAACCCGCCAAAAAGUUUUCUACCAUAUUUGAAAUGCAAAGGAAGCUCUUAGAGAAACGCCGAAAAAUGAAAAAGUUGGCCUUAGUACGGAUGAAACUAGAUGCGGAAUGUGAGAUGACACGAAGGGAACUGAGUAUCCUGGAGAGAAAGAAUCAUCGGGAGUCAAUGGGUCAAAGUAAACGACAGAGUGGUGGCGCGCACUUUACAUUGUCACGUCUUGUAUCUGAAAUGAAAAGUGAAAAACAACAACAAGAAAAGGGCAAAAAGUUGUUCAAGAAAGAUGUUCUAGGGAUCCUGCUGAAAACCUUACUCGAAGAGGAGGUUCCAUUAGAGGAAGAAAACGAGGUGGACACAAAUCUGAAACCUGAAGACAAAAAACCAUCAGAUCCCCCUCAUGAAGCUAAAGGUGAAAUGGAAACGGUGACUGAAAACGAUAAAGGUUUGAAAUCGGAAUCCACGGUAGAGAGGUCAUCAGCAAUGAAGAAACAAAAAAGAAUUUCAAGAAAGAAAAGAAAAUAUAUACCUAUCCCGGAUCAGCUGAGAAACCCCUUUGCCUCGCCUGGAAAUAUUGGAUUCGACAUGCCCAAUGCUUAUCAUUCCACAAAUAGUUAUCAACGAUCGCAGCCGUUAGAAAAAUCUCCGAGAAUGUGCUUCCUGCUGUCCUCGGUGCAGCGGGCAAUUCGGUCGAGGUUAAUCAAUGAUCCGCUAAACGUAGUAAGGCUGAUCAGAAGCUUGAGUGCAUCCGUCGAAGUCAUCUUGAGAGCACCUAAAGCACUGUUUUGUACAAUACCCUGUUUGGAAGAUGAAGUGCUGAAUCUGAUCGAGAAGAAGACCCAUUUGACUGAAAUGCAAAAGGUCGAGGAACUACAGGUUUCGCGAUCUCCAAUCCGUUGUCCCGAUUUCGAUUGCCAACGUGUGUUCUUUGUCUCCGAUUUCAAUAACCACCUGCUGAAGGAUCAUCGAACUCUGACCGUAGAACGGAUCAAAUCAAGGCAAACGAAGACCUUUUUUCUGGAUAGCAAUACAACAAAAUUGGACAGGCCCAAAUGCCAUAUGCUCUUGAUGGUUCGGAAUAAGGUUAUUGACAGCCAAGCCAAGCAUAUGAAGGAUCUUAUGCCCAUCCUGCUAAUGAGUGGCCGUACCCAUUUAUCAAAAACCUUUGAACCCAUGGGAUCAAAAGCUGCCAAGAUCAUUAGUCGGAUAAAACCCAAAUCAGAUAUGGAGUUCUUCGUCAUUUGGCUUACGGGAAUUGUGCCGAUUGGUAUGAAACCACUGGCUACCAUUUCACUGUGGUCCAUUCUAGGUCGCAAUACGGCCGAUUGCUUCGCUGUUAAUACCGCCUAUAUAAACGAUAUCAAGGCACCCAACGACGCGGGACACAUCUUCCGCAGAUCAUCUUCGAUUUUCCUGCCCAUGAGCAUGAUCAAUAAGAUGACCAACAAUGGACGCAGGUUCCUGGCCAUUCAGGUACGGGUCUACUGAAGAUCGAUCAACAUAAAAAUCGAACUAAAUCUUACCGUAUUAAUUAUAUAUAUAAUGUUUUA